AUGCGCUGGCGUGACAGGAUCACGGUCCUCUUCUUCCCGCCAGGGGUGGUGCUGACGCUGGCCGCACUACUGCUCCUGAUAUUACACAUAGCAGUCUUCGCCAAUGAUGUCCACCAUUUCUGCGUAUCUCGAAACUUCAAUUACAUGAGCUUCCACAGCACCAUCAUCUUGCUGUUCUCACAGGUGAUGAGCAUCUGGUGGGCCUCCCUGGGGUCACUCUUCGCAGAGUUGAUUGAGGACAAGAUUUUGAGAUGUUUUGCCCUGACCAUUCUGAUGCUCAAUACAGCCAUGUUUGUCAACCGCCUGACCUUGGAGUUCCUCACCAUCCGUUACCGGGAGGAGAUGCACUAAGAGGCUGGUGAGGG